AUGGGCCCGCCAACAGAUCGUAAAGCUAUCCUCGAGAAGCUUCGCAAGUCUAUUAAAGAUGGAAAUAUCAUUGUCGGCGCAGGCGCUGGCAUUGGACUUUCGGCAAAAUUCAUCGAGCAAGGUGGCGGCGACAUGAUCAUUAUUUACAAUAGUGGUCGCUUUAGAAUGGCUGGUAGAGGAUCUCUGGCUGGCCUAAUGCCCUAUGGAAACGCGAACGAUGCCAACGAAGUUCUGCCAGUGGUAAAGAAUACUCCUGUUCUGGCGGGCGUGUGCGCAACAGAUCCUUUCAGGGACAUGGACAGAUUUCUUGUCCAGCUCAAAGAUCUUGGCUUUGCCGGGAUCCAGAACUUCCCCACUGUCGGACUGAUUGACGGCACGUUCCGCCAGAACCUUGAAGAGACGGGCAUGAGCUAUGAUGUCGAGGUCGAAGUCAUCCGAAAGGCACGCGAGCUGGAUUUACUUACGACGCCGUACGUUUUCAACGUAGAAGAAGCUAAGAAGAUGGCGGAUGCUGGCGCGGACAUUCUCGUAGCGCACAUGGGACUCACGACAUCCGGAAGUAUUGGCGCAACAAGCGGCAAGAGUUUGGAUGACUGUGUGAAUCUUAUACAAGAGAUCCGAGACGCCGCUAUCAAGAUCAAGGACGACAUUAUUGUGCUCUGCCACGGUGGACCAAUCGCAAAGCCCGACGACGCCGAUUAUGUCAUCGGUAGAACCAGAGGCGUCCAAGGCUUCUAUGGCGCAAGUUCUAUGGAGCGAUUACCGGUUGAAGAGGCCAUCACGAACAUCACUAAGACUUUUAAGAACAUCAAGCCCACAUCUCAAUGA